GUUUCUGGUCGUCGAGCGCAUCGAGGCGCACGCCGCGGCGAGGCUGCGCAGGUGCUCCAAGGUGGUGCAGGAGGCGGUGGUGUCCCGGGGUUCCCUGUCAGGCACCCGCGACCCGACGGCGGUGCUCAUGACGAGGAUACGGGACGCGGAGGCCGAACAUGGUCCCGCGCCUGCCGAAG